AUGUUUAGUAUUUCUAGAUUGCAUGGAGCUUUAAUUAGCGGGUUGUUCUUCUGCACCAAAGGAGAUGCCAUUGGUGGAGUAAUGGAUAAUUGCCAACUACAUCCUCUUCAUGCAGUACCUGACAAAAUAAAACUGCCUGAUUCCAUCCCCUCUUUCUCUUAUGACUACCAUGCUGUUGUCUCUCUCCAGCUCAACUUUCACCCUUCAUUUUCACAGGCGUACAAUAUGUUGCAUUUUGCAUCUAGCUGCAGGUGGUUUCAACUCAGCAGAGACAAUGAAAGCAAUCACAGCAGCAGCAGCAACAUUGUUUUUGAUUCCACAGAAUGUUAUGCUUGCACUCAGGUUGGCGUCCCUGUCUUUCACUCCACAAGCUGUGACCGUGCCCACCAACCGGAAUGGCAGGCCUUGGCCGGAUCCUCCCUCAUGCCCAUCCAUGCCAGAUCCGACCCGAAAUUCAAACCGACCUGGGUUCGGACCCGUAUCGCCAAGGGCCCUUUUGGGUCCGUCCUAGACCCGCGUAGCAAGUGGGUCCAGAAGUGGAACAGGGUGCUGCUGUUGACACGCGGCAUCGCGCUGGCGAUUGAUCCCCUUUUCUUCUACGCAUUGUCACUGUCGAUUGGGAAAGGCGGGGCCCCUUGUUUGUAUUUGAAUAUUGGGUUCGCAGCAAUCGUGACCGUUGCUCGCACGUGCGCGGACGCGGUCCAUCUUUGGCAUCUAUGGCUGCAGUUCAGGCUGGCGUACGUGUCGAGGGAGUCGCUUGUUGUUGGGUGUGGAAAACUGGUGUGGGACGCACGUGCCAUUGCCUCUCAUUAUGUGAGGUCGAUUAAAGGAUUUUGGUUGGAUGUUUUUGUCAUCCUGCCAAUCCCUCAGGCAAUAUUUUGGUUAAUGGUGCCAAAAUUCAUAAGGGAAGAAAAGAUUAAGCCUGUGUUGACAAUGUUAUUAACGACUUUCUUAUUCCAAUUUCUUCCCAAGGUCUACCAUAGCUUUUGCUUGACUAGAAGAAUGCGAAAAGUGACAGGUUAUAUAUUUGGCACAGUUUGGUGGGGUUUUGGCCUCAAUCUUGUUGCUUACCUAAUUGCUUCUCAUGUCACAGGCGGAUGUUGGUAUGUUCUUGCAACAGAGCGUGUUAUGACAUGUCUCAAGAAACAGUGUGAAAGAAAUGGAAACUGCAAUCUCACUUUGCAAUGCUCGAUAAACGUUUGCUAUCAGUUUAUGUAUCCAGCAGAUAAAUUUGGAAACCCUUGUGGAAGUAACUCAACAUUGAUCGCUAAACCAUUGUGCUUGGAUGAUGAAGGACCAUUCAAUUAUGGAAUUUAUUCACCAGCUCUUCUAGUUGUUUCUAGCAAUUCUCUAGCAGUCAAGAUCCUUUAUCCCAUUUUCUGGGGUUUGUUAAACCUUAGCUCUUUCGGCAAUGAACUCGCUCCUACAAGUAGCUUGCUAGAAGUGAUGUUCAGCAUAUUCAUUGUGUUGUGUGGCCUCAGUCUAUUCACUUUAUUGAUAGCAAACAUCCAGGUAUUUUUGCAUGUGGUCAUGGCAAAGAAUAAAAAGAUGCAGCUAAGACGUCGAGACGUGGAAUGGUGGAUGAGGAGAAGACAGUUGCCUUCUAGUUUAAGACAAAGAUUUCGACAUUUCGAACGUCAAAAAUGGAGAGUCAUGGGAGGAUCAGAAGACGAGAUGAAUUGGAUUGAAGAAUUACCUGAAGGACUCCGGAGAGACAUCAAACGCUAUCUUUGCCUAGACCUCAUCAAAAAGGUACCUUUAUUUCACAACUUGGAUGAUCUUAUUCUUGAUAACAUCUGUGAUCGGAUCAAGCCCUUUAUCUACUCCAAAGAUGAAAAGAUUUUAAGAGAAGGAGACCCUGUGCUGAGGAUGAUUUUUAUUGUGCAAGGACAAGUGAAAUAUAACCAAUGCCUUAGUAAAGGCAUGGUAGCCACAAGCGUGCUUGAACCAGGAGGGUUCUUAGGUGAUGAGCUGCUCUCCUGGUGCCUUCGUCGCCCAUUUAUAGACCGCCUCCCAGCCUCAUCUGCAACUUUUGUUUGCAUGGAAUCAACAGAAGCAUUUGGUCUAGAUGCGUAUGAUCUAAGAUAUGUCACAGAACAUUUCAGGUACAGAUUUGCUAGCAAGAGACUUAAGCGAACAAUGAGAUAUUACUCAUCCAAUUGGCGAACAUGGGCAGCCGUGAACAUACAGUUUGCUUGGCGACGAUACAGGCUGAGGAAAAAUGGUCUGGCGAUUCCUGACAUGGUAAAUGGAAGCAUUGAGAACCGUCUUCGGCAGUAUGCUGCAAUGUUCAUGUCGCAUAAGCCGCGUGACCACCUUGAGUGA